AUGGUCGAUAAAUCGCCGAGCCGGGCUUCGCGGCUCUGGCAAAAUGUCUGCGACGUUCUCCUCUGCAGGUUUGUUUUUUUUUUUUCAGAAAAGACGUUGAGAAAAAGUUUGUAAGUCUCAGUUCUUUGGCUUUUGGAAAUUGAUACAUUCAACAAAUUUCUUUUGCCGACCACCAAUUUUUUUCACAUCGUCGACCUCCAUGUGUUUCCGAAAAAAGUUUCUCUGCAAACUAAAUUCAAAAAAAGUUUUGCAUAAAUUAUAGUACUCUAGGUUUGGCAACUUCCUUUUUCAGUCUUCCCUUUCCGGACUGACCAGGUUUUGGAUUUCAGGACUUUAUAAAGUUUUUUUGAGAAGGCUUUUUUUAUUUUUUUCUUUGUAAUAAGGCCGACUUGUAUUUUUUUGCGCAUGAUUAUCAAAAAAAGGCUUCAUUCGAGUAGAAAGCUAAGAAUCUUUACUUUGCAUGUGUUCCCUAAUUAUUAUUAUAACAAUGUUAAUGAAUUAUUGCUAUAAAUAAAUACAAAGUUUAAUGAAUUAUUGCUAUAAAUAGGAAAGAUAUGAGGAACUUGUUUAUUUUUUAUAGAAAACCUUGAAAUUUUCUUUGAUUCGAUAUAUUCUUGUUAAGCAUUUUAAAAUUUAUUAAAAAUACUUUUUGAUUUGAAAAAAUGGUUUUCUUUCAUUCAAAGUUUGCUCACGGGUUUUGGAGUUGCAGCAAUGAGGCGGGGUUUAAAUAAACACGGAAAAAAGCUGUUCGCACCUAAUCUGUUCCGAUUUUCUUUUUCUAUCAUUGAAAAGAAAGUAGUAUUUAAUUAAUUAUCGAACAAAAAGGAAUUUUCAGAGGUGACGUCGAGGAAACAAUGGGCGAGGCACAGCCGGUGUCGUUUCUGGAAUUGGUAGGAUUUUUGUGGAUUAUUUAUUUUUGUGAAUCCUUCUAGUGUUUGAGUUUUGAAACCAGGCAAAACGUUCGAAUUUAUUCAGUUUUGUAGAAAUAAUCGGGUUGCUAGAAAAAAAUUUUGGAUCUUAUUUUUCAGUUGUUUUACUCAGUAUCGUCAUUGCUGCAUUGUUACAAGUUAAUUGGGGCCUUUUUUUCACAGUUUUCUUCUUUAAAAAGUCAUUUUUAAUAUUGUUAUCCAUAAGAAUUUUCGACUAGAUUUUUUUAAAAGUUCUCAAUAAAAAAACGAAAAUUCCAAAGUUUUUUGUUUUCAGUUCCGAUUCGCUUCAGCAGCAGAUAUAGCCUUUUUCAUUGCCGGCUGUCUUUGUGCGAGUCUGGGCGGAGCCUUGCAGCCGAUGGUGAUGAUCAUCGACGGCUGGAUAACUGCCAUCUAUCUGCUACCCGGAGAUGUACGGUUUCCGUCCAUUCAUAAUGCUUUUUUUAGAUUUUUGAAGGAGCACAGGUUAGGUUAGAAACAUGCGAUAAACUUCCUUCUAAUUUUUUCAGCUUCUUUAAUAAACAAUUUAACGAAUUUUUAAUCAAAAUAUUUGGAAAAAAUGACGUCAUUAAUCAUUUAGAAAAGAGGAGAUCAACAAUUUGUCGAUGACGUCACCAAGAACCUCAUCCUUUUGGCGAUUUUCGGGAUCAUUUGCUUCGUUUUCUGUUUCUUGCAGGUAAUCUCCAAAGAAUUUUUCUUGAAAGUUCCAAUUUUUUUAUAAAAAAAUACUGUAGUUUCAUUUUGUGUGUAGUCUGAUCAGAAUUAUAAAUAUGGUUCUACUUAUUACCAUAUUCGGCCGCCCCUUACGUCAGUGGAAAAAAAUGUCAUGUGUUUAACCUAGUGUCUUUUUUUGCAUCAUUUUUUUCCAGAAAGGGAUUGAAAGAUCGAAAUGAGAAAAAAAGUUAUAGUUUUUUUAGUUUUAAAAUCUGAGAAUUAUGACUGGGUUUUUCAAAAGGUUUCACCUUGAACUUUUUUUGAAUCCAGAGGUCGAUUUUUUUGUAAGUGAUAAUUUUGAGAUUUUUUUCUCAUAGAUUGAAGAUUUUUUUGUUAAAGCUUAUAAAAAGCUUAUAAUGGUUCACAGAAAAAAAUAAAUCUUAAUUCCAAUCAAGAAUCUUAACUUACUUAUAACUCGUCUGUAUGCUCAGCUUUUGAUCAAUUUUCAAGUCUCUUCAUAAAAAAUAGUUUCAAAGAAGAAAAUUGUCAGAAACAGACUUAAAAAUGCUCAAAAUUCAACAUCCCGACAAUUUCGAUGUCAAAAAACCUUUUCACCUCCAGACACUGUUCUUACGACGGGCCAGUGCGAAUAUUUGCUGCAAACUGCGCAAAGAGUUUGUCUCGGCCGUUCUUCGACAGGACGCCGAAUGGUUCGACGAAACUUCUUCGGGCACCAUCAAUUCUCAGCUCAAUGAGUACGCACGCCAACAGAGCAUUACUGUUUCUAAAGUGUUUGAAAAUUGAAAAAAAUUGAAAAUUCCCAUUAGUGCGCAGUUAAGCUCAUAGUACAGCCGUUUUCAAUGUGUUUUCGACGAAAUACAGAUUUAUCUCGGACUCUCCGAAAUUUAGUUGUCUUUUUGAGUUUCUGACAGUUUUUUUUAAUUUUGCGGAAUCACUUUGAACACGGGAUCAAUUUUUUAAAUAGCCGGUUACACUAAGAAUAACUGACGAGAUAAACGCGAGCUCGGUGGUGGUACAUUGACUAACUCGCAAACAUCUCGCUUUUUUCAAGGCGCGACCUCGCAUUUUUUCUCGGCGUGACCUCGCAUUUAUCUUGCAUUUCGGAAAUUUUCAGAUUGCGAGAGAAAUGCGAGCUCGCGCCUAGAAAAAUGCGAGAUCGCGCCUUGAAAAAAGCGAGAUGUUUGCGAGUUAGUCAAUGUACCACCACCGAGCUCGCGUUUAUCUCGUCAGUUAUUCUUAGUGUAUAGUAUUUUUAAAACUUUAAUUUUUAGAAAAUUGUCGUUUUUAAUUUCAAGUUUAACGCUAAUAUUAUCAGGCCAGGAGGGCAAUUUUCUUGUGACAUUUGGAAUUUUCCAUAAAAUUGCUUCAUAAUCUCACAUUUUCGCCAAGCUUGUUAACUUUUGAUGUUCCCCUAACACAAAAAUAAGCCUUGAGCCCAUUUUUUUGCGUUUAUUUCUUUAAAAAUUAGAAGUCUGGCUAGGAAUCUUUGUCUGGGAAUUCAGAUAAUUUUUUUGAAAAAAAUUUAUUAGAAAAAUCCCAAAAAAAUUUACAUAGAAAAAAACACUAUUUUUUUCAAAAAAAUUUCUUCGAAAAAAAUAGCCAAUAUUUUCGGGUAAACUUUUUCGAUUUUUUUGACAUCAGAAAUUUGAAGAAACGUGGACCGAAUCGACGACGGAUUGGGCGAGAAAGUGGGGAUGUUGCUCCGAGGAUUCAUCAUGUUCAUCUCGUCGGUCGUCUACUGCGCCUUCGUCGAUUUGAAACUCACGGCGAUUUGUGUCACUAUGGGACCUCUCUCGGCCAUCAUUUUAGGCCUCAUGGGCAAAGUAUCGACCUCAAAAGGGCUCGUCUAAUUGAAAAAUUGGCAGGUUCUGUCAUCAACCGCUCAAAGAAUCAUGUCGACGAACUCGAAAGCGGCCGGCGUUUUCGAGGAAAGCGUUAUGAACCUGAAAACUGUCGCUUCCUGCAACGCCCAGGAACAUUUUGUUGAGGUGCUUUUUGGUAGAAAAGAAGAAACUAGGCUUUAAGAUUUUGUUAUUAAAAAAAUACAGUCAAAAAAUGGCUUUUUGAUAGUUUUUCCUUUGAGAAUUUGCUCUUCUGGGAUACUAGCCUACAAGAUUUUUGCUCGAAAGUUCAAAAAAAUCCAAAAAAAGAAAGUUAAAAAUCAUUCAAGAUCAGGGAUUUUUGGUGUUCACGACGUUUAUUUCGUUUUUUUAAAUAGUAAAAAUCGUAAGUCGUAUUUACCGGCAAAAAUCACCUGAUUUUUGUCCCUUUUCAAGUUGAUUCUACUUCUUGGGCUGACUCUUUCCGUUUCUUAGGAAUUCCAGAGUGAUCCCUCUAGGUUUCAGGGCGAAAAACAGCCCUACAGAGUUUGAAAAAGUGGUCCCUAUAGGGGUUUAGAGUCUGACCCCUUGGCCUCGAAAGCUCAAGUGGUCCCUAUAGGAUUCUUUCAACUUCAUUUGAAAAACGCUUAUUUAUUAAGUUUUUCGCAAAAAUUUCAUAAAAUUUAUCGACUAGCUUGUCCCCUAUAGGGGCCACUAACUGAAACCACUAUAGGGACCACUUUUUUAAGCUUUAUUGGUCCCUAAAAGGGUUGGUAAAGUGGUCUCUAGAGACAACCUCCAAGGGCCCCUAAGGUUGCUGCUACAGGGACCACUCUGGAGUUCCUAAGUUUCCUAUCAAGAUUCAUAUAAAUUUCCCAUGAAGAAUUGAGAAAAUAUUAAAAUAAAUCCUCAUCUAGAAAUACACAACGAUACUAACGAACGAAAUUCCGACGGUCCGGAGGUACAAUUUCUGGAUCGGAUUCUUUAACGGAUCGUCUCUUUAUGUGAUUUUGCUCGUCAUGGGCUUUUCUCUUUGGUAAUCUCUGAUCACUGUAUCACAAUUUUAAAUGUUAACACUUAAGGUACGGCGUCCACGCUUUCCAUGACGGAAAGAUCUCUGUGGCUGGAAAUGUGAUCCUUAUCAUCGACACGAUCUCUAUCACUGGAUAUUAUUUGAGCCUUCUGGGGCCUCAUGUGAUGGCCACGGUGAAGGCUCGAGCCGCAGCCGCCAUUCUUUAUCAGACUAUCGAUAGGAAACAGGUGAUUUCAAAAGAUCUGCUUCAAAAGAUAGGAAGCUUCAAGCUGCCCUCCAUUAAGAGUUUUAUCAUUUAGAAAAAAACUGAACGAAAAAGUCUGGAGUUUUUCUUUAAAAGGUUUAUGACAAAAGCUUGUCUCCCCCCGUUUUUUUCCCCCGAUCACUUUAAACUAGGAAAAAAAUCAUUUCUGCAGCCCCCCAUUUUAUCGUUUUUUUGCCAAGUCUCCCCUCUUUUUUUGGGUCACACCAAGACUAUCCCAUGUAUGGUCCACUCUAGGGAUUAUCGGCUUGCUUUUUUUGUAUAUAAACAUCUGAUAUUAAAGUAGACCUUUUUUCAUCCGCCUCUUGAGUGGUAACUCAGAUUAUCAACUUUAGAGAGCUUUUUCAUAAAAUAAAAAAAAAUAUCUCAGAUAUUCACUAAAUAUCAAGUCAAAACGUGAUAAGCAAAUACAAAAAAAAAACACAUUUUUCGAACUUAUGCUUAAAAUUUAAAAUUCGAAGUUUUCAGGAAAGUAUGACCGUAUGACUUUGCAAUAAAAGACCCAAUUUUUCAGUCUCAACCGUCGAAAGAGAAAAGAAAACCAGUCGAAUCUCUAUCAGGAAAUAUCUCAUUCCAAAAUGUGUCUUUCAAAUAUCAAAGUCGGGACAGCCCUGUUCUCAAGGUUUCCCUUGAUUAUCAUUCCGAUAAACUGGAAAAAAUCAACUUCUAGGGCCUAAGUUGGGAAGCGAAGGCCGGCGAGUCCGUGGCGUUCGUAGGGCGGAGCGGCUGCGGAAAAAGCACAUCAGUAGGUAGUUUCUGAAACAGUCAACUUAUCAAUCUUUUCAUUCGCCGUAGAUCGCCCUGUUGACGAAACUGAGAGAAGCGACUGGCGGAAGGAUCACUGUCGAUGGGAUUCCGAUCGAAGAAAUCGAGACUUCAACUUUGAGAAAGGUGGGGAUCUGGAAAUAAUAAUGGGAAUUAUUGAAAAAUUGACCUUUAGGGUUCUGAGAAUUUCCAAAAUCCUUACUGCGAGAAAUUGUGAAAAAGGACUGGAAAUUGGUUAUUUUUGAUGGUUUUGAUCAUCUUCACGCGCAAGUAGUUUCGGGUCGGACGCGCUGAAAAGCAACCGUUUUUAGAGACUGUGAUUGUUUCUCGAUUUGAGGCACAACGAAAAUUUUAUGAAAACGGCUCGAAAAAUUUUUUUCAAUUGAUUUCUCUUUACAUGGUGUGUCAAAAACGUUUCCAGAAAAAAAAAACAGGAAUUUUCAAAAUUUUACAAAAAAUAUGGUUGAUUUUUCAGGAUCUUAGUCGCUAGAUAAUCUUGUCCUAAACGAUUUUUGUAUUUCUUCUUUAAACUGAAGUUUUAUUCGAUUCAAUUCCGGUUUUUUUCUUGGUAGUUUUACCAUUUUUUUACUGUUUUGAUUGAACAUUUGUUAAUUUCGGGUAUUCUUAGUCAAUUUUGCGCUUUUCAUUUGUAAACGACGUAUGUUUCAUUUAAAAAAACUCCUAUUUUUCAUUCAUCCGAUCUUAUCUAUACCAGAUGAUCGGAAUAGUUGAACAAGAGCCGACGCUGUUCAACGGCACAGUCAUGGAAAAUAUCCUCCUUGGACGGGAGGUGACCGGGGAAGCGGCUGUUCGGGCCGCACAAGUCGCUGAAGCCCAUGGCUUCAUCUCCAAACUCUCCAUGGUUCAAAAAAUGAAAAUCAAUCUUUCAAAAAUACAAUAAUAAUCAAGGGGUACGAAACAGUCCUCGGAGCCCAUGGAGUUCAUCUUUCUGGCGGUCAGAAACAGAGAAUCGCCAUUGCCAGGGCAAUCGUCACGGAUCCGAGUAUUCUGCUUCUCGAUGAAGCCACGUCCGCACUCGACACGUCGAGCGAAAAGAUUGUUCAGGUUUAUAGAUGAUUCCGUUUUCAGAGAGAGGUCAAAAUACGUUGUUCUUUUUGAAAAUGUUAGGAAUUCAGCGAGGUCCUCCUUCAAAAAAAAAAAAAAAAAAUGAGAGUUUAUACUUCAUAGCCAAUGUUUCCCGACUUGAAAGGCGAGGGAGGCGGCGCGCGUAGCGUGUGCGUACGCGGUUCUUGGCACGCGUUCAAUCCAACCGCCAUCGACUAUUUGGAAAGUUCGUUUAUCGCUCUUUGCAUUCCUUUUUAAUUUAUUUAUUGAUUCAUUUCAUGUGUGCAAUAAAAAAUAGUAGAUCAUAUAAAAAAAAGAGCGGUGACGGAGCCUUUUGAAUAGUCGAUGCGCUUGAAUUGAACUCGCGCCAAGAACCGCGUACGCACACGCUACGCGUCCCGCCCCCUGCCCCGCCUCCUUCGCCUUUCAAGUCGGGAAACAUUGACUAUAGUAAGAUUCGGCUAGUUUAAGCUUCAUCGGUCCAAAAAAUUCUCAUUUUCAAGAGUUUGCAAAGUUUUUUGUUGUUGUUUUUGUGUGGGAUAUAUUUCCCGGGGGCAUACAUGGGAUAGUCUCGGUGGGACCUGAAAAAAAGGGGACUUGGCGAAAAAAACGAGAGAAAUGGGGGAGGGUUGCAAAAAAACCGUAAAAAAAUUCCGAUCUUAUAAAAAUCAAAAAAAUUCAUUUUGUAAAGUUCAAUUUCAAGGUUUAAUUGAUUGGCAGAAGCAAAUUGGCAGAAAAAAAUAUUUUUUUCUUCGAGCAGGAGUGGGGGGUUCUUGACAUUAAGGGUGGAGGGGGACAGUCAUGCUCAUCCCAUGUAUGCCCGGGGGUCAUAGUUUUCAAGGUCCUCCGUUGUUUAUUCUCCUGAAAAACUCCAAAAGAUUUUUUUUCUACUCCGAUUUCUAACUUUAUUACGACUUGAUCAAAAUUGAUAGCUAAAAUAGAAAAUGUACCACUUGCGAAAAAAAAACCUUGUUGUAAGAUAUUAUUGACACGAAAGUUCAUUUUACUUUGCAGUUAGGAAUUGCCCAAAAGCUGGCUACAACGCUCCUUGAUUUACCAGAGGACCCUACAGUCUGCAAAAAUUCCUAGUUUUCGAGAAAUAUGAGCUCCAAGCCCAAAAUUUGUCUAUUUUGGCGAAAUUCGAGGGUUCUCUCCGACCUUAUGGUUUUAUUUUCCAAAAACUAGAGCGUUGUGCAGAUUGGGACUUCUAGAAUAACCUUCUGGUACAACGAGAAACGUUCUUGUCAUUUUUCAAGUAAUUAUCAACCGCAAAGUACAAUGGCCUUCCUCGUUAGGUGCAUCGUUAGCUAAAACUUUGAAAAAAAAUAGGCCGAUACUUUUCCGAACCGGGAUUUUCCGAAUCGAAAUCCGAAUCGAUACUUUUCCGAAUCGUACUUUUCCGAAUCGGGUGUAUACUUUUCCGAACCCAAAUUUAUUAUGCUUUUCCGAAUCGGUCUUCCAUUUUUUCAGGUAGAACCUUUCUUUCGAUCUUCUCUUUUCCGACCGGUUCCAUAUAAUUUUUUUCGAUCGGUUUCAAGCUCUGUCGUAAUUAGUCAGAGACUUCUGUUCAAAUCAUUCUCCCCAUAGUACUAUUCAUUUUGUUCGAUUUUUGUCCAAUUUUAGCAUUAUUUGAUCUAUAAUUUCUUUUGGGGACCACCGAGAUUAGAAAUUACCUCGGCACAGAUGGUGUCAAGUGCCCUGAUCUUUGCAUGACUUUUCAGAUUUUCAGAAUUUUCUGGAUUUCACUUUUCAUUCCCAUAAAUUUCAUCGGCUAAGCUUUGAGCAAUAACUUUUCGAGUCCUAUCGAUCAACUCCCAUUUGGCAAACUAGAAGUCCACUUUUGGAUCCGAUAGAGUUGAAAGGAUUCUUUUACGAUCCUUCGCUUCGUCCUUCUGUUCGUAGUUCGUUAAGUUGCAAGCUCCGAGUACAAUCGAUGUUGUAGCUGAAGUCCAGAGACCGUACUCUGGGCGGAAACAAUCAAUUUGCAAGUUCUAGUAUCCAGAAAAAUAAUUCGAAAGAUUUUUGCCGUAAUACCUCUUCACACAUUGUGGUUUGCUCUCAUUCGAAGGUUUCCGCCUAGAGAACGGCCUCCGGGAUCAGCUUCACCACCUAUUAUAUUCCGAGCUUCACCACCUACUCGUCAAAAAAGACUUCUAGUUCACCGAAGGCAGCUGAUCGAUAGAACUCAAAAAGUUGUUCCUCAAAGCUUAGUCGAUAUGUUUGACUGAAACAAUGAAUGAAAUGAUAUAUAUAUUAAUUGAAAAGUAAAAUCCAGAAAAUUCUGAAAAUCUGAAAAGUCAUGCAAAGAUCAGGGCACUUGACACCAUCUGUGCCGAGGUAAUUUCUAAUCUCGGUGGUCCCCAAAAAGAAAUUAUAGAUCAAAUAAUGCUAAAAUUGGACAAAAAAAUCGAACAAAAAUGAAUAGUACUAUGGGGAGAAUGAUUUGAACAGAAGUCUCUGACUAAUUACGACAGAGCUUGAAACCGAUCGAAAAAAUUAUAUAAAACCGGUCGGAAAAGAGAAGAUCAAAAGAAAGGUUCUACCUGAAAAAAUGGAAGACCGAUUCGGAAAAGCAUAAUAAAUUUGGGUUCGGAAAAGUAUACACCCGAUUCGGAAAAGUACGAUUCGGAAAAGUAUCGAUUCGGAUUUCGAUUCGGAAAAUCCCGGUUCGGAAAAGUAUCGGCCAAAAAAGAGGCAGAAUUUCGAUUUUUUCAAUAGAAUUUUUCCUCUUCAAGGAAGCCCUGAACCGAGCCUCUUCCGGCAGGACGACUGUUAUCGUGGCUCAUCGACUGAGCACUUUGAAGCAUGUCGAUCGAAUCUACGUUAUCGACGAUGGUGUCGUUGUUGAGAGUGGUACUGUUAUAACUCACGUGGAUCAAUUUUCGAAGUUUUUUUCAAACCAGAUGCAGUAAAAUGAAAAAAAAUUCUUGAAGAAAGCCAUUUUAAUACGAUUUUUGAGGUUUUUUAAGGUUAAAAAAAAUCCGCUCAAACUUGCUAAGUGAGAGACUCCUUUGUAGAAAGUUUUCAUGGCAAAAACAAAUUUGGGAAAAAAAGCGAAAAUCAGAAAAAAUGGUGAUGCCUGUUGUCAAUAGAGCAACUUUGCUGCAAAACGCCCUUUUGACGGGAGCGCAAACUUUUCUCUCUCUGAUUUUGAAUAACUUUUUCUCCGAGAAUAGGAGUUUUUGUACAGUUUCAAGUAUACCGUUCGAUUCGCAAUAAAAAGAUCAAAAAUGUGUACCUUUAAUGUUUACAAAGCUAAUAUUGUGAAAAAUUUCGAACUUUUCUUCAAACAGACCUCUCUUUUUGGACGUUAAGAAAUGAGAAAAAGACCUCGCUUUCGAGAAUUGUCGAUCUUAUGAAGUAUUCAUCAAAAAAGACAUUUCCUUGGACUGUUAAUGAAUUUUGAGGUUCUCAUGACGAAUUACUUGAGCUGGAUGGCCAUUAUGCCAAACUGGCUCAAGCUCAAGAAGUUGGAGACGUCUCAACGAAAAAGUAGUUCGCCAUUUUUUCAAAAUGCAACUUAUUUUUAAAGACAAAAAUCGGAAAUUCGCCAGAGAAAAAUCAAGAAAUCAGCCUCCAAAGACGUCGAUUCUGAACUGGAAGACGUCGAAGAAGAAGAGAGCGACGAGGGAUCCGAAUCUGAUGAGGUUUUCUGGCUUGGAAGCAACUUCCAAAGCCCUUUUUUCAGAAGAAUGACGCUCAACGGUACAUGGGACUGAGGCUGCUCUAUUCGAACAUGCAGGGAUAUUACGGAAAAAUGGGCCUCAUGAUCGUUUUCUCGUUGAUUCGCGCCCUGGAAAUGCCGCUGUUGUCGAUUUCCGUGUACCUUGGGUUCAUUGGAUUGCAGGUAGGGAAGGAAUUCUGAAAAUGAAGGAAAAUAAUCUUCAGAUAAAAAUGAAAGAAUAGCUCUAAAAAUCUAAAAAAAUUUUCAAGUUCUGAGGAUCCAUGGAAAAAAAUCCAGAAAGUUCAUUUUUUUAAAAAAAGAGGAAAAAAACCUGUAAAAUUAAAGAUUUUUUUGUCGCCCCCCUCCCCCAAACAGUUUCUUCUCUUCAUUAGCUUUUUUUAUAAAAAUAAUUUUAAUCAAAUUCACAACAUUUGUCCAUUUCCAAGCCCUUGUAAAAUGAAAUAAUAAAAUAGACCAGUUUUCGACCUUCGAUAAAAUUUCGUCAAGCGAAAAACUUCCAGAAAACAGAAGACUAUGAAAAUUACGCGAUUUACGCUGUCCUCCUGCAACUUGUUAGUGGAUUCAUCGUCAUGUGGGCGAUGGCCGCAGCGGUGAGAGGAAUAUCGAAGAAAUUUUUCAAAUAAAACUGCAGUUCGCCAUGUCCGGCUGGGUGUCGGAAGGGGUGACGGUGAACCUGAGAGCCCGGGCUCUGCGAUCCCUGCUGUACAGGCCGAUGUCGUCGUACGACUCCAGGUCGCCGGCCUUCUGUGUUUCGGCGGUCAGUCGCCACGCUCCCGUCUGUGCCGGCGCCAUGGACAGCAACACCUCCGUCAGCCUGUCCGAGUUCUGCUCCGUCGUCUACAAUCUCUCCAUCGCGUUUAUCGUGUCGCGCAUUAUCGGAGCUCUCGGCGUUGGUUCGUUUCCGAUGAAAUUGAGAUAGAUAGGCAGGAGCGUAGGUUUUGGAAAGAAAAUAGUACUUGUAGGUCUUGAAAAUUCAAGUUUUUUGAAAAAAAAAAACAGUUUUGUGGUGUUUACAUAAUUGUCCAGACAAAAAAAUACCUGAUUUUUGAAGGAACAGUUUAAAAUUUUUUUUUUUUUUUCAAACCCCUUUAGCUCGUUUGGUAAGGAAUAAUACCGAAGCCCUUCAAAUAGAAAAAAAUAAAGUUGUUGAAAAAGGAAAUGUGUAUGUAGGAGCUUAGAUUCUGAUCAAAGAAGAGCAAAAGAAAAAAGUUUUCUGACUUCAAAAAAUCACUUCGACGUCGAAAAACGUGUUAAUCGAUUUUUGAGCCUUGUUCCGGAUUUUUUGGGGUCGGUGAUUGAAUUGACUUAUUCUGAAUUUUCUGAUUUCGAAGGAUGAUUUUUGAAAAAAAAAAUGUAAUUCCUUCCAAAACCUAUUUUAGCUUGUGGAAAAAGUAUCGGAGCUCCUCAAAAAAGUGGCUGAAAAAUGAGAUGUGUAAGAAAAAGUGACAUAAAAAGUGGAAUGAUGAGCAAUUUUUGAAAGAAAUGUACGUGCCUCCUUGCCCUUUUUUCAAAAUUUCUCACAAAUAACGCGGUUUUUCAGCCUUAUGCGCUCUUCUGUACUUCUUGAUCUUCGCGACCAUGUACUUUAGCAACAAAGCACGCAACACGAAAAGCAAGAACGACAAGUCCGGCGAGGUAGCAUCAUAUGUUCAAUAUCAAAGAUUGCAAAAUUGAAUUUCAGUUCUCAAUUGAAGUUAUUGAGCGAAGUCGGACAAUCCAGCUUCUGAACGUCGAAAGUUGGUUCAAUCAGAAGUAUUCUGAUUAUCAAGCGAUAGGGAGGAAGCAUGAUUUCAAGGUGAAAAAGAGAUAGUUGUCGUAUGUUCAAACUUGGACUAGAACGACCAAAAAAUUCGGAAACGAAAAAAUAUGAUUUUUUUAAAGCAUUUUUCAGUCAGAUUAGUUUUUUUUUUUGUACAUUUGUGGCCCAUACAAUGUUUGGGGAAGUUUGAAUUUUUUUAAUUUUUUUAAUCAAGAAUAAAAUUGAUCGAGAUAAGAUUUUUUUUAAUUGGUAGCCGGAUUUCCAUUUUCUUCUAAGCCUCCAGGAAAAAUUAAUAUUUCAAGAAUUAGAUCAGAUAAAGUCUUUGUGAAUGUCACUAUUCGAGGCUUCAAAGAAAAAAGCAAAUUUUUUUUUAAAUUCUGGCUCUCAAACUUCAGAACUUAUCCAUUAGAUGUUUUUGAACUAAAUUUUCUCCUCUCAAAAUUUUGAUCAAUCCGAAAAAAUAAAGGUGGACCUCGCGGAAGCUCUCAACCAGGCCAUCUGCAACGCCUACGCCUAUUUCAACGACCUCACAAGUAUCGCCUUGGGGACCUACCUGGUCUACAUCGGACACACGACGCCUGCUCUGGCUUUCCUGUAGGAAAAAAAAACUUGACUUUUUCAAAAAUGAGUUGAAGAUCAUUCGGUGGAGUCCAGUACGCCGGCUGGUCGGUCAUGUACACGGCGCCGUUCUUGCCGGAGCUGAUCAGGGCUUCGAGUGCGGCGGGGCAACUUUUCAAGUACAUCGACGACGAGGAGCACAUCGAUACGAUUAUCGGGGGCGGCGAGAAGCCGGUUUGAAUUCUUUGUGCUCUCCUUAAAAUCUCAAAAUUUUCUCGAAAAAUGAAGAUAUGUGUUGCCCAUAGAGCAACUUUACUGCAAAUCGCACCUAAAAAUUUUUUCUUUCCGACUUUUUUCUUCGAAAUUAGGAACUUCUGUUGGUUUUUUUUAACCAGAUGGGCAAUGGGGGGCUUCACAAAAUGGCACUUUUAUCUGAAAAACGGUUUCUUUCCGAAAGACACGAAUUUACUGCGAUUUUUCCAAUUCAUGCUAUUAAUCCAUUCGCAAUUUAGAGUAAACCCUAAUGUGGUUUAGAAAAAAAAAAACAUUUAAAGAUGAAAAUGGCUUUUUUUCAAUUCCGUAAUCAAAAAGUUUUGGCCAAAGCAGUAUACCAAAUAAAGUUUUUUUGUCAUUUCAAAUAUUUGAAAAUGAAAAAAAUCAAUAAAUUCCUUUUUUAAGCUUGUUUAUCGAAUAAUAUUCUUUUCUCGCAGCUUUAUUUUUGCUCAGGUUGAAGUAUUGAUAUAAAAAAAACCUGAAAAGAGAAAUUUUUCAUGGCUUUUUCUUUUAAUUAUUCGGGUUUUGUAGAUCAACUCCUGUGUUCUAAAAAUGGUUUUCCGAUUUGUUUCAAAAAUGAUUUUUCAGAAACUUUCUGGCGACGUGAGCCUUCAGAACGUCUUCUUCGCCUACCCCUCUCGUCCUGAUGUUCCUGUUUCUCAGGAUUUAUCUUUAUCAGCACGCGCCGGCGAAUCGAUCGCUCUAGUUGGACCGUCCGGUGGCGGAAAAAGCACAGUUGUCAACCUUCUCGAAGCUUUUUAUCCCGUCGACGAAGGCCAAAUCGUUGAGUUCCAGGAAAAUAUUCUUUUAUCGAUUUUCUCAUAGAAACUCGACUCUUACAAUCUCAGCCAGAUCAACAUUAUGCACUUGAGAAGGAGUGUCGGUCUUGUUCAGCAAGAACCCGUCCUUUUCCGAGGUUUUGAAUUGAAAAAAGAAAGACUUCAUUGUUUUUUUAGGUACGAUAUUCGAAAAUGUGAGCCUGGGAGCUGGCACAGUGACCAUGGAGGAGGUUAUCAAGGCUUGCCGGACUGCCAAUUGCGAUUUUAUUGAAUCGUUGCCAACUGUGAGGAUUUCAGUUGUACUUUAAAACGUACUGCAAAAUUCAUAGUUUCAUGCCGUGUUCAAAGUAAUUUCCGCGAAAUGCAAAAUACCCGUUAGAGAAAGGAAAAGAUCACUAAAUUUUGGAGAGUCAGAGAUCAUUUUGCAUUGCGCGGAAAUUACUUUGAACACGGGCAGAUCAAAAUGUGUGAUUUUUUGUAGAAAUUUUGAAAAACAUUUUUUUUCGAAUUUUGGUCAUACAUGGGAUGAGCAUGACUGGCGACAGCCAAGUCCCCCCUUUGAAGCUCAAAGAAAAAAAGGAUUUUUUUGUUGUUGAUUUAUCGAAUUACAUGUUGACGCUCGAGGAAGUGAAAGUUUGAUCACUUUUUACUAAGAAAAAAAUCGCUUCUAUUAAUCAAUUGAACUUUACAAAAUGAAUUUUUUUGAUUUUUUUCAUACAUGAAUGCUUGAUUUUUUUAUAAGAUCCAGCGCGCACCCUGCAAUUUUUUUCACGGUUUUUGCCAAGUUUCCUCCCCUUUUUCAGGUCCCAACGAGACUAUCCCAUUGAAAAAGCAAAAAAAUUUUUUUUCAAUUAUUUUUUUCAUUAGGUGUCAUUACUACAUGUAAUCUAUCAUUUUUAACAUUUUUUUGAAAAAAAUAAUGAAAUCCAGUUAUUAGAGCCGGCUAGAAAUCAUUGCAUGAAAUUUGGAUUAUUUUUUUAGUCUAAAAAAAUAGAAUAAGUGGCACAGUUUUAAUUAUUCAUAAAGAGAAAAAAACUGAAAAAAACCGUAGUUUUUUUAAAUUUUUUUCAAAUAGAAGAUAAGGUUUUUUUAUUAUUUCAGCGAGAGAGUAAAAAUAAAAAAAUAUUCCCAGGGCUACGAGACGGAAGUCGGCGAAGGCGGCAAAUCACUGUCUGGUGGCCAAAAACAGAGAAUCGCCAUCGCCAGGACGCUGAUCAGAAAUCCAAGGAUCAUACUUUUGGAUGAAGCUACGUCCGCACUGGAUACUCACAGCGAAAAGGUCGAUUUUAUAGGAAAAAAACGGUUCUUGGAAACAUUUCCUGAGCAAGAGAGGUUGAAAUGGAAAUAAGCUUGGUGUGAAAUAAACAUUGAAAUCACAAAAAAAGUCCAAAAAGUUUAAAAUUGAAGGUUUUCAAAAGUCAGAUUAGCAGCAUUUUUUUGUCUGAAGCGAACUUUUGAGGAACCCCCCUUAGAGCUAAACUCAUGAAAACCCAUUUUAUUGAAAGAACUCGGUCCUAUGAGAACCAAAUUCAGUGCGUUUAAUAAUUCCCCCUUGGAGCUAAACUCAUGAAAACCCAUUUUAUUGAAAGAACUCGGUCCUCUGGAACCAAACUUAUAGGAACCAUGGGAUGGAAGAAUCUCGGUCCCUUGGAACUUUUCUAGUAAUGAAAGUAAUCCAUUUUUAGAUAGUCCAACAAGCGCUGAACGACGUCACUCAAGGCAGAACCAGUAUCACUAUUGCCCAUCGACUGAGUAGUAUCCGGCAUUGUGACAGGUCAUUUUGCCGUUUUCUUAUAAUCAAAACGUGGUUUUGUAGGAGAUAUCAGAUUUUUAAGGUAGAUAAGUUUUUAAACUUGAGCUCAAUAUCCAAGUUUAGUCUUUUUUGAGCUUGAAUGAGUCACGAAUUAAAAAAAAAUGAAACUCUCAUCAAAACGUAGUUACGUAUCCGUGCCUCAUUUGCAAAGCGAAACAACGGAAAAAAGAGAAUAAUUCCGAAAUUCGUGGCUUUUUGCAGUAGUUUACUGUUAUUGUAAGAUUUUAGAAGCCCAAAGUAGGAAAGGAAAAAAUUCUUCUUCUUGGCUGGUCAAGUUAUGGGUAUUACCAGUAAAACUCUUGCUCGGAAUUAUACACAACUUGAAAUUUCACGGAACGACAUUCCGCUGUUCCGCUGCGUGCGUUCGCGAAGCGUCUUUCGAGUCUAGAUCACAUCACGCUUUCAAUUGAUUUUUAUUACUGUGGGAGCACAUGAAAGUUGAGUACCUUGAUAAAGAAAAAAAAAUGAAAAGCCCAACCAAGGUUCGCAAAGGCACGCAGCGGCACAGCGGAAUGUCGUUUGGUGAAAUUCCAAGUCGGGGUACACAGGCUAUAUAUCCUAUAAUUUCCGUGACGAUUCAAGAGACGGUGGAAAAAUUCGGCAGAAAGAGUCUAACUAAUAAAGAAAAAACCUUCUCUAGCCCUUAUGAAAUAGUUCAAUGAAACCUCGGAAGGACUUUGAAAAGUCCGUUAGUUAUGUUGAACGAGCUCAGCAGAUAUUUUAAAUCACCUUAACUAUAAUAAUAAUAUUAGGUUUAUUCAUCGCCUACUUAAUAGGGGUUAGUAGUUCAAAUAAUACAAUAUUAAAAUGCAGUAGAAUAAAGAGCAACGGGAAUUAGUCCACCCUAACGAGUAGACUAUGACCCGGAGAAAGACAAGAAUUGGAGCAAUAGGGAAGGAACUGAGCCGAAGAAGGCGGAAUUUGGGAGAUCAUUAAGUUUGACCCGUAGAGAAUCAUUGAAGACAUUGAAAUCCAUCAAACUAUGAGAUUUCCACCCCAAAAAUAAUCUUUUCCAGAAUUUACUUUGUGGAAAACGGCCGAGUCGUUGAAAGCGGAACCCACGAAGAGCUCAUCGACUUUGGCGGACACUAUUCUCUACUCGUCAAUGCACAAAAAAUCACCUAA